GUGCUAUCUGUUUCUUGCAUCCACAAUACUGCAGGCCAUUCGCUUAGUGACAUGUGUUGCAUUACGGUCUGGCGGUUUAUAAAUAGCAUCACCCUCCCGGUUUUGAUAGCGCAGAUCCAUCCCCCCGUUGAAUAACCGCGCAUCAGCGAUUGACAUUGUGACUGGAAUCCUGCUGGAUAAUUAUUUUGCAAUCGUCGUACCUGAUCGUGUUUCCUUAAAUAGCUAAUCACACCAUCAAUUCGCCAAUGUUGUCUCUGCUGAGGAGUUGCAGUCCCAAGACAAAGGACGACAAACAACGCUGGAAGAAGAUCGAAGACGAUGCCGAACAACUCCACAAGCUCCCAUCAUGGGACGCCCCCGACAACACACUCCUCAUGCAGGCCUUUGAAUGGCACGUGCCGGACGAUCAACAUCACUGGAGUCGUCUCCGGCACGCACUGCCCGGCCUCAAAUCAAUCGGGGUUGACCACAUGUGGAUCCCCCCAGGCUGCAAGAGCAUGAACCCUUCCGGCAAUGGGUAUGACAUCUACGACCUGUACGACCUAGGAGAAUUCGAUCAAAAAGGAGCACGAGCGACGAAGUGGGGGACAAAGAAGGAUCUACAGGAGCUUGUGUCCUGUAUGCGAGAGCUGGAUAUAGACGUCUACUGGGAUGCCGUCCUGAACCACAAGGCUGGUGCGGACCACACGGAACGUUUCCCAGCGGUGAAAGUAGAUCCGGAACGCCGUGACAUGGAUAUCAUGCUACCCCAAGACAUCGAAGGGUGGGUUGGGUUUGAUUUCCCCGGGCGCGGGAACCUCCACAGUCCCAUGAAAUACCACUGGCGCCAUUUCAGUGGCAUAGACUGGGACCAGUCUCGGGAAGCGCAAACGAUUUACAGAAUCGAUGGUCCCGGGAAACGCUGGGCUGACGAUGUAAGUAAAGAGAAUGGGAAUUAUGACUUUCUCAUGUUUGCAGAUCUGGAUUACUCCAACCCGGAGGUGCGAGAAGAUGUCCUGCGAUGGUCUAAGUGGAUUGGAGACCAGCUACCAGGCAUCAACGGGAUGAGACUGGAUGCAGCUAAGCAUUAUUCGGCCGGUUUCCAGAGAGAACUUAUUGACCGUAUCCGGGCACGGUUCGGGCAGGAGUAUUUCUUCAUUGGGGAGUAUUGGUCGGGCGAACUCAAGGCUCUGAUAGAGUAUCUGGAGAUUAUGAACUACCGACUGUCUUUGUUUGACGUCCCUUUGGUGGAGGCCUUUUCGAAGAAGUCGCAGGUCAAGGCUGCUGAUCUUCGCACUGUCUUUGGAGACACGUUAGUCGCAAGCAAACCCGAGCAUGCAAUUACAUUCGUGACCAACCAUGACACUCAACCAGGACAGUCUUUAGAGACUCCAGUGUUAUCCAUUUUCAAACCCCUCGCAUACGCAUUGAUCUUACUCCGGGACAAGGGCCAGCCCUGUAUAUUCUACGGAGACCUCUACGGCAUCCGACGCGGCGUCAAACAACCUAUGGUCCCAUCUUGUGGCGGCAAACUGCCAAUUUUGUGUCGUGCUCGAAAACUGUACGCAUAUGGGCAUCAGCAGGAUUACUUCAACCGACCAAAUUGCAUCGGCUUCGUCCGCUACGGCAAUCUUCAACAUCCGUCCGGGCUCGCCUGCAUCAUGAGCAACGCAGCCGCAUCGCAAAAACGUAUGUAUGUCGGUCGACGACGUGCCAAAGAGCAAUGGACGGAUGUUUUGGGGUGGCAUAAAAAGACUGUCGUUAUCGACAAGAAGGGGUACGGCGUCUUCCCUGUUUCCGCCAUGAGCGUCAGUGUUUGGGUAGACUCAGCGGCGAAAGGGAGAGAUACUCUCCAGAACCCUUUUGAUAGUGAUAUUUAUGGUAAUCGAGAAUUGGAAAAGUCGUGCGUAUAAAUAUGGUAAUAAUAUCGGAUGUUUUGAAUAUAUACAUCUGUACACCGUACUUGUUGACCAUCAAAUAUCUAUAUUACUAAAAGGAUAGCUACAAUACAGGCGUCUCUGCUUUAUAUUGGGCUGGGCGACAUGCAACAACC